AUGACUACCGACAGGACGGACCAAGAUUCUGCUGAUGAGACGUCUUACAUUGUCUCUCUUUCGAAUUAUGACACGCAGAGCUUGUGCUCGAACUACACAUUGAGGCGCCACAAGUUUGAGACAGAGGCUAAUGCUGGAUGUCACGAAGCGAGGAAGGACUGGAUAAAGUACAUCGGGCCGAUCGAACAGUUCGGGGGAUGCAAUCCCAUCAAUGGCAACUUCUCAGCUGUGGUGCUUCCACUUGCGAAGCCGGAGAGGCUGCGGUUGAUUGCAUAUGUGCUUGAAUAUGCAUUCCUGUACGACAAUAUGAUCGAGCUUGAGGAGUCAGAUACGUCGGGAUCCAACGACCACGAAAAGUGCGAGUGGAAGAACACGAACCCAGCACUAGGCAAAACGCAGAUUCAAGCAAAAGUGAUGACACAACUCGCAUCUGUCGACAAAGCAUGUACUGAGCGAGUCAAACACGUGUGGAAAGAGAUGCUUGCCACGACCUUACGAGACAAGGACAAGUGCUUCGUCGACUUAGAAGAAUAUGUCGACUUCCGCAUUGUCGACACCGGAGCGCCAUUCGUGGAAGCCAUGUUACUCUUCGGCAUGGGUAUGACGCUCACUGAAGAAGAAGACCAUCAACUCGAGCCAGUCCGCAAACCGUGCUACGCAGCUCUCGGUCUAGCCAAUGACCUCUUCUCCUUCGAUCGCGAGUACGCCGAGUUCAAGAACACAGAAACGACGCAAACGCUGAUCAAUGCUGUCUGGCUUCACAUGCAAUGGUACAAUACGGAUGUGCAAGAGGCAAAGACGAUGACUUUGGAAGCGACGGGAAGAUAUGAGGAGCAAUUUCUGAAGAGCUGCGCGGAGUUCCGGCAGCACAAUACACCUAUCUCGGCGAAACUAGACACUUAUCUGGAUGCGCUGGCUUAUCAGGUCAGUGGCCAUGUCGUUUGGAGCCUGAACUGUCCAAGGUAUCAUGCUGAGUACCGAUACGACCCAAACAAGGGUAUCGAGGACGAGAUCACAGCUGAUUUACUUCCAAAGAGCCUCGGUAUCAAGUACAAUGCUACUGCGAUGCUGUUAGGCGAUGAGAAGCAGGAUGACGGCUCCAGGCGUUCAUCUACUGACACGUCCCUCCAUCUCUACGAAGACGAUACCUCAACAACAAGAGAUGAUGUCUCAAUCUCCUCAUGUACAUCUGUCUCCUCUUCGAGCUCGAAGACGAAAGACAUGGACAAAACUUGUUUGCUGGGUCCAGAACAUGUCGACGCGCCCUUCGAAUACAUCACUUCGCUUCCUUCCAAAGGUGUACGAGACACCUUCAUCGACGCCCUCAACAUUUGGCUCGACGUACCCGAACCUGUUGUGUCCCGUAUCAAAUCGCUUGGCAACCGUCUACACGCCGCAUCACUCAUGCUUGAUGACAUCGAAGACGGGUCUCAUCUCCGACGAGGCCAGCCAGCAACACACACAGUAUUCGGCACGGCACAAACCAUCAACUCCGGGUGUUAUGAGAUCCUCCAAGCCGUACAUGAAGCUCAGACAUUAGGUGCAGCGGAGGCGAACAUUGUCCUUGAAGAGCUCGCCGAACUGCACAUCGGCCAAUCUUACGACCUCUUUUGGACGCAUCACAGCCAUUGUCCGUCUGAAGACGAGUAUCUGCAGAUGGUGAAGAAGAAGACUGGUGGUUUGUUCCGAUUGUUAGCUCGCCUCCUGCUUGUUUCUGCAGACAGUAGCGCAUCGAAAGUCGCCUCAGAUAUCGAAAUCGAGUGCCUAGUCAGUCUCAUUGGGAUGCAGUAUCAGAUUCGGGAUGACUACCAGAACCUCCGGUCGCCGGAGUACAGCGCUCAAAAGGGCUUUUGUGAGGAUUUGGACGAGGGGAAAAUGUCGUUCCCGCUCGUUCACGCUUUGAACAGCUGUGAAGAUGACACGUUGUUGCGCGACCUUCUUCAACGGAGUCGAGACAUUGGAUGUCUAUCGGAUGAGCAGAAACGGCUUGUGCUAGAACAACUCGGUCAUUUAGGGGAGUAUGGUGUACACGCGAAAGACGUUAAUGCGGCUACAGAGCCAUAUUUAUGA